UGUUGCGUGUUUUCGGCGACUAGCUUGGUGAAGCUAAACUUCAGAAUGGACCCGACUAGAGAAAAGCCCGUUAGUGCGUAGCGUUGGGAGACAAACUCUGACCGUCCAUGUCUUGUUUACACAUAUCAACAUACUGACAAAGUUUCUGACAGCAAUGUCGAGAGAAAACACCACGCGAAGUUUGGACAGCAUAGACCUCGCUGCUUUGAGAGAUCCAGCUGGGAUCUUUGAGCUAGUUGAAGUAGUUGGCAAUGGGACCUACGGUCAGGUGUACAAGGGCCGUCAUGUCAAGACAGGUCAGCUGGCAGCUAUCAAAGUCAUGGAGGUCACAGAGGAGGAAGAAGAGGAGAUAAAGCUGGAGAUCAACAUGUUAAAAAGUUAUUCCCACCAUAGAAACAUUGCUACUUAUUACGGUGCCUUCAUUAAGAAAGGCCCUGCUGGACAGGACCACCAACUCUGGUUAGUGAUGGAGUACUGUGGCGCUGGCUCUGUGACAGACUUGGUGAAGAAAACCAAAGGAAACUGUUUGAAAGAAGACUGGAUUGCUUACAUCUGCCGGGAGGUGCUCAGGGGCCUUUCCCAUCUUCACUCCCACCAUGUGAUUCACCGAGACAUUAAGGGACAAAAUGUUUUGCUCACAGAGAACGCCGAAGUCAAACUGGUUGACUUUGGCGUGUCAGCCCAGCUCGAUAAGACGAUCGGUCGGAGGAACACCUUCAUCGGUACUCCUUAUUGGAUGGCCCCGGAGGUCAUUGCCUGUGAUGAGAACCCUGAGGCUACAUAUGACUACAGGGGUGUCACGCUGUUUCUGAUUCCUCGAAACCCUCCACCAAAACUUAAGUCAAAGAAAUGGUCGAAGCGUUUCUUGUCGUUCGUUGAUAGUUGCCUGAUCAAGAACCAUCUACAUCGACCCACCACAGAUGUCCUACUGAGACACGCCUUCAUCAAAGACCUGGCUAACGAGAGACAAGUUCGCAUCAUGCUUAAAGAUCAUCUGGACCGAACCAGGAAGAAGCGAGAGAAAGAGGGCCCAGAGUAUGAAUACAGUGGCAGUGAGGAAGAGGAUGAUGAGGUCACAGAAGAGGAAGGAGAACCCAGCUCCAUAGUCAAUGUUCCCGGCGAAUGGACGCUGAGGCGGGAGUUUCUUCGACUGCAGACAGAAGAUCACGAAGGCGGCAGAGACGUAGGGCGCGGAGGAGGUGGUGGAGGUCAGCGGGGACAACAGGCGUUGCAGCAGCACAGGCAGCAGCUGGAAGAGCAGGAGCGAUACAAGCAGCAGAUCCUGGCUGACAGACAGAGGAGGAUCCAGCAGCAGCAAGAGCAACGGCAAAAGUUAGAGGAUCAGAGGCGACAGCUGACAGACUGUGCCUUUCAGUGGGGAGAGCUGCAGGAGGUCUUUUUUGGGGAGGAGUCUGAGCUCCACGACAGCAGGAUCUUAGUGGAUGAGGGAAACAAGAGGAGCGACAGGAGACAGGAUCAGGCAGGCAGACAGUGGAGUGCCGAUGUGUCAGUGAGGCCUCUGGACUCUGUGGCAGAGCAGAGAGCAGUGGCUCCAAACCAGCUGCUUCAGCGUAAGGCCCAGCAUUCGCAGUCUCGGCUUCAGUCGCAAGCUAAGUCCCAGCCCCUGGCCCAGCAUCAGCAGCCCUCAGCGGGCAGGAGAUCCCACCGCACCCUGCCCAAGGACCAAACCCAACUCCUGUCCCUGCAACACGACCACAGACACAGGGAGAAAGAGCAGCAGAGGAAAAGAGAAAUGCCUGUGGCAUCACCCCACAAGCUAACGGCUAAUAGCGGGAACGCUGCUGCUGCCGCCGCCGCCUCUCCCAGGCGCUCUCCAGUCAGUCAGAGCUCAGCGAUGGACUUCCACGAAUCAAACUUAGCCAAAUUGCUUUUAGCUGCUGGUCUUCCUGGCCAGAUGCACUCGAGGCUGGGCUCCGGAAGCAGCUCUAGUCCUUGUACCCCAGCCAUGCAGAGAGCUCACUUCAUCCAGAAUGAAAAUCUUCGUUCAAGUCGGGAUGCCCCACACAGCAGCUCUAUGUCAGACAUGGCCAUCUCCCCUUUGUCCCUAUUUUCUCCCGUGUCCCCAACUGACAGUGUCUUCUGGGACUCUGUGGAGACUCCACCCAAAGUCCCAGAGCGCACCACCUCAAAGUAUUACUGCAGGGAACCGAUGAUGGGACACAAGAGGGCCACCUCAAGUGGCAGUCCAGUGUCUGCAGCAGAUAAGAGUGGGAGGUGUGCGUCCCAUGGAGGCUCCUCUUUAAGCAGCAACCAUCCAGGUUACUUCAAGCUGGAAAGUCCCCUCCUGCAGCACCACCCGCACAGGAAGCUGGAUAACAUAAGCAGUGGACACACACAGGGAAUAAAACCCGCUCUGGGUCGGCUUAACAAGGCCGCAGAAUACUCUUCUUCUAGCGAUGAAGUCGGCAGCAGUGAUGACGAGGAGCGAAGCGGGUCUGGCAUGUCCAAUGGAAAAGGGAAAUACUUCAGAGGAAUACCCGACGGCAUCGUCCUGCAGCCUCACCACAAUCUCAACCAGAUUUCGCAGUUGGGUUCAGAUGACACCUACUUGCUACCAGACCUUCUGCAAAAAAUUUCUUCCUCUAGUCCUACCCACAAUGCAUUCAUCCAGCAGCAGCGAGCACGGGAACUCGGCUAUUUGAGAUCGCCCACAUCUCCCGGAUCCCCCACACACCACGAUCUACAUGAUAUCAGCAGUCCUACUGGUAAAAGCCCGACAUCAUCAUCUUCCUCCUUCCUGCCCUUCAUUGAUCCACGAUUGAUCCCCAUCUCAUCACCACCACAAAGCCCGACGGGCAUUAAGGGCGAGCCACUGAAGAGAGAGAACCACAGGAAGGGCUCCGUGGUUAACGUGAACCCAACCAACAUUCGACCACAGAGCGACACGCCAGAGAUCCGAAAGUACAAAAAGAAGUUCAACGCGGAGGUUCUGUGUGCUGGAUUAUGGGGUGUGAAUCUGCUGGUGGGCACAGAAAACGGUCUGUGGCUGCUGGAUCGAAGUGGUCAGGGAAAGGUGUACCCGCUCAUCAGCAGGCGACGGUUUCAACAAAUGGAUGUACUUGAAGGACUCAAUGUGUUGAUUACUAUAUCAGGAAAAAAGAACAAGCUGCGUCUCUACUACUUGUCCUGGUUAAGGAAUAAAAUCCUGCGUAAUGACCCGGAGGUGGAGAAGAGACAGGGCUGGACGUCAGUGGGUGAUUUAGAGGGCUGUGUCCACUAUAAAGUGGUGCGUUAUGAGAAGAUAAAGUUCUUGGUGAUUGCCUUGAAGAAUGCUGUGGAGGUGUACGCUUGGGCCCCAAAACCCUACCACAAAUUCAUGGCCUUUAAGUCCUUCAGAACUCUGCCUCAAAAGCCCCUUUCUGUUGACCUGACAGUGGAGGAAGGUCAAAGGUUAAAGGUCAUCUACGGCUCCGUGUCCGGUUUCCACGCCAUUGACGUAGACUCUGGGACACCAUAUGACCUCUACUUGCCGACACAUAUCCCGGGUCCCAUCCGUCCCCAUGCAAUCAUCAUUUUGCCAAACAAAGCUGGAACAGAGGUCCUGGUUUGCUAUGAAGACGAGGGCGUCUACAUUGACACCUAUGGCCGUAUCACCAAGGAUACAGUGCUGCAGUGGGGGGAAAUGCCUACAUCUGUCGCUUACCUGCAGUCUAACCAGGUGAUGGGUUGGGGAGAAAAGGCCAUAGAGCUGAGGUCAGCGAACACGGGGAACCUGGAGGGAGUGUUCAUGCAUAAAAAGGCUCAAAAGCUGAAGUUCCUGUGUGAAAGGAAUGACAAGGUUUUCUUUGCGUCGGUGCAGUCGGGCGGCAGCAGUCAGAUUUACUUCAUGACUCUCGGACAGAACUCGCUGUUCAACUGGUAACACCGAGACCAGUUACCUCUGGGAUCGACUGGUGGGCGUCUGCCUUCAUUGUUCUGGGUUAUCCUGGUGAUGCUUUGUUGUGUGUUUUUUGGCUUUGUGCUGACCUGCGUUGACCUCCGUGAAGUGGUGGAUACCAUUGCAAGAGUCUGCUCGAUUCCUCCAUCCGUCCCUCAGCCUUGUGCAGUCGCCAUGUUAAACCAUUAUGAUCAACGAUUGAGCUGGUCAAAAAUCCGCCUGCAGGAAAAAAAGCUUGAAUUCAUCACUCCAUCAUCGACUACUGACGCGUGGAUCACAGCACUGACGCCUGGACAUGAUUUGCAGCACAAACACACAUCCACAGAAAUGUUCAAAGGUACAAGCAGCUGUGCCAGCGUCUUUUUUCCUUUAUUUUACGUGACGCUUCACCAAAACAGAGGGCUUCACGUGGACGGUUGUUCUGGGAUUUCACAUGAACACCUGGCUGUUUGUUCAGCGCCUGGAUUUUUUUUCUUUUUUUCAAGAAUCAAUUAUGACUUAAUUAUGUGCUUAACAAGUAUUUGAUUGUGUGCGUUUUAAAAUGCCCAGCUCUGAUGCUUUUCUGGAUCAUCGGCAUCCUCACACCUGGAUCACAGUUGUUGCUGCACACACCAGAGAGUAAUCAUCACUUAAUUUGUGUUUGUUUGUCAGUAGCUUUGUUCACUCUGUACAUCACCUGGGCAUUUAAUGAAAUGUGGGCUGCUUCAUAUCAUUCCAUCUUUGUUGCUCGUGCCAUGAUUACGUCCUUGGAGCAGUUUUAGAUCCACAGUGUUCGCUGCCUGUCUGCAAUACCUCAAAACUGUUCCGGUAUUUAUGAAGUCCUUGAAUUGAUAGAAUUGCUUUUAUCAGAGUGGUAGAACCCAAACAAACUAUCAUAUUACUGUACUGACUCAUGUUCUAGUUUAUUAAAUACAUAUCACUAUUUUAUUUAAUAUAUAGCACUAUCAAAUGUUAGAUAGGAAUUAUUUUCUCACGCAACUAGUCUGCAAAUUCGUUAUGAAGUGAGGAAAAAAAAAAUACUGAUGGGUAUAUUUGCUGCGUUGCAUAGUUUGAAUUAGUUUGAAUAUAUGUUGCUAGCACAGCCCCUCCCCUCGGCUCUAAGUGUGAGAGGUCAGUCUACCACAGAACUGGACCACGUCAUUUAAAUCGCAUUUCUUUUUGCAAAGGACCUUAAAAGCCAUUUACCAUAAAAGGAGCAAUUUAAAUGUGCAGCAUAAAUAGUGUAGAUAAAUAGAGAUAUAAAGCAAGUAUAACUCGCUCUUUUUUUGUAUAGCUUGUAUAUAAUCCUGUAAGAUGCACUGUUUUCUAAAUAUUUUAUUACACGCCAUCUUUACAUAUAUGUACAGAAUUGCAGGCUUACGAAUGUGAAAUUCAAUCUUAAAACCGAGUCGUGCAUGCCCCCCACGGUCUUUGAUUGUGAAUGUGAGCUGCUCACAGGACUCACAAACUUGGCUGAAUCGUCUAAAAUCAAAUGUGAAUUCUGUUUGUUUGAUUUUCUUGUUGCGUGUGUAAGAAAGGUGUUUUGCACAGUUGCCCUCUUAUACGCGUUACAUCAAAAGCCAUCCUGUCGUCAGUAUUGAAGAGAUCACUGCUAACCUUUGGAUCAGUAUUUGUUACACUACCCACUGUGGGACCAGUUUUUGAUGGGGCAACAUGUUGAAAAUAUAAAAUAUAGAAUAUGUAGUGA